AUGCUGACCCCAAUGGUGGCUGGAGGGGUGGUGUUCCCCGGACUCUUCCUGCUCUCCAAGAACACGCUCCAGCGGCUGCCCCAGCUGCGCUGGGGGGAGGCCGACGCGGUCAUUGUCUCAGCCAGGCUAGUGUCCUCUGUCCAAGCCGUCAUGGCCUCCACAGCUGGCUACAUCGUCUCCACCUCCUGCAAGCACAUCAUAGAUGACCAACACUGGCUUUCCUCUGCCUACACGCAAUUUGCGGUGCCCUACUUCAUCUAUGACAUCUACGCCAUGUUCCUCUGUCACUGGCACAAGCACCAGGUCAAGGGGCACGGAGGGGAUGAAGCGGGGACCAGAGCCCCGGGCAGCACCUGGGCCGCGGCACGUGGCUACCUGCACAAGGAGUUCCUCAUGGUGCUCCACCAUGCUGUCAUGGUGCUCGUGUGCUUCCCACUGUCCGUGGUGUGGCGUCAAGGCAAGGGAGAUUUCUUUCUAGGCUGCUUGCUGAUGGCAGAGGUCAGCACCCCCUUCGUCUGCCUUGGCAAGAUCCUCAUCCAGUACAAGCAGCAGCACACGCUGCUGCACAAGGUGAACGGGGCCCUGAUGCUGCUCAGCUUCCUCUGCUGCCGGGUGCUGCUCUUCCCCUACCUGUACUGGGCCUACGGGCGGCACGCGGGCCUGCCCCUGCUCGCCGUGCCGCUCGCCAUCCCGGCCCACGUCAACCUGGGCGCCGCGCUGCUCCUAGCCCCGCAGCUCUACUGGUUCUUCCUCAUCUGCCGCGGGGCCUGCCGCCUCUUCCGGCCCCGGGGCUCCCGGCCGCCCUCCCCCUGUCAGACCCAGGACUGA